CUUUCGAUCGUCUUUGUUCUGCCAAUCCAUCCAAGAUGGCGGCGCUUGUGGGACUGCGUGCAUGUUUCUCCGCUCUUCAGCUGUCCUCGCCAAGCCUCCUGCACAGCUCCUUUAAAGUGUGUGCUGUGCCUCUGAGUCGGCGGACCUUUGCUGCGGAGGCUAAGAAGACGUACACAAGAGAAAAGCCCCAUGUAAACAUUGGAACAAUUGGCCAUGUUGAUCACGGAAAGACAACCCUGACUGCAGCCAUCACGAAAGUGCUGGCUGACGCUGGUGGUGCAAACUUUAAAAAGUAUGAAGACAUCGACAACGCCCCGGAGGAGAAGGCCAGAGGAAUCACCAUCAACGCCUCUCAUGUAGAAUACUCCACAGCCAACAGACAUUAUGCUCACACAGACUGUCCUGGUCAUGCUGACUACGUCAAGAACAUGAUCACAGGCACAGCUCAGAUGGACGGCUGCAUCCUGGUGGUGGCGGGAACCGACGGCCAGAUGCCUCAGACACGAGAGCACCUCCUGCUGGCCAAACAGAUUGGCGUCCAGCACGUGGUGGUCUUCAUCAACAAGGCCGACGCCGUGGAAGACAAAGAGAUGCUGGAGCUGGUGGAGAUCGAGAUCCGCGAGCUGCUCACCGAGUACGGCUACGAUGGCGAGAACGCACCUGUUGUGACUGGCUCGGCCCUCUGCGCCCUGGAGAACAGAGAGCCUGAACUUGGCGUGAAGUCAAUUUUGAAUCUGCUGGACAUUGUGGAUUCUUACAUACCUCUCCCUGAAAGACACCUUGAAAAACCGUUUCUUCUCCCAGUUGAAGGGGUUUUUUCAAUUCCAGGCAGGGGUACGGUGGUGACGGGCACUAUGGAGAGAGGUGUCAUCAAGAAAGGUGACGACUGUGAGUUUGUGGGCUUCAAUCGCAACAUCAAGUCAGUGGUUACAGGUAUCGAGAUGUUCCACAAGUCUCUGGAUCGUGCGGAGGCGGGAGAUAACCUGGGCGCUCUGGUCCGAGGACUGAAGAGAGAGGACCUCAGAAGAGGGUUGGUGAUGUGCAAACCAGGAUCCAUCAUGCCUCACCAGAAAAUCAAGGCCCAGGUGUACGUCCUGAGUAAGGAGGAGGGCGGCAGACACAAACCGUUUGUCAACAGCUUCAUGCCCAUCAUGUUCUCUCUCACCUGGGACAUGGCCUGCAGAAUCGUUCUGCCCGAAGACAAGGAAAUGGUGAUGCCAGGGGAGGACACCUCCUUGGAGCUCGUGCUCCGCCAGCCGAUGGUUCUGGAGAAAGGCCAGAGGUUCACCCUGAGAGACGGAAACAAAACCAUCGGCACCGGCCUGGUCACAGAUAUCCUGCAGGUUAGAGAUGAUGAAGAGUACAACUGGGGCUGAAGAGAUACUCUGCAGAGAGGACUGGGCUCGGGGGGUGGGGGGUGUCUCUGUCUGGUCAAGUCAAAUAAAUAUGGAAAUAUACAAAUACUGUACAUGAACCCAUGCAUAAACCACAAACAGGAAAGGACUCAAAGAAAUGCAUGGCUCUGUUCAGAUCCAUUCAUCCAAAAUACCUGUCAUGUUUAGCACUGUCUUAUGUUUGAAGGCUUG